AUGAGGAAAAGAGAUUUUAAAGUCGUUGUAAUUGGGGAUAGUGGAGUUGGCAAAUCUACAUUCAUUUCAGCUCUAAUUAAUGAAAGCCUCAACAAGCUCACUCAUAUUGAUAAGCAUCAACCUAUUCAAUUGCCUCCAGAAAUGUUCAAUCAUCCAUAAUGCAACACCACUUUGAUUGAUACGAAAUGCCAGCCCAACUAACUUCCAGAAUAAGUCAGAAUUGCAGAUGUUAUACUCUUAAUGUACGCAAUUGAUGAUGAUGGUUCUUGGGAAAGAUUAAAUAAGUUCUGGCUCAGGGAGUUGAAGGAGAAGGAGUUUAAAUAGCCAAUCAUUGUAGUAGGUAAUAAACUUGAUUUGAUGGGUCUGGAUGAAGAUAGAGAAUAUUGCAGAAUUUUUAAAGUCAUUAAACAAUUGGUAAAAGAUUUCAGUUAAGUUGAAAUGGGAAUAGAAUGCUCAUCAAUUAAGUUGCAGGGGGUAUAAGAUGUAAUUAAUUGUGCCUAAAGAACCUAUUUGUACCCUUUGGCUCCUUUGUACAAUCUAGUAAACAAAUCCCUAACAGAAGGGUUUAAAAAGGCAUUGACUCGUAUUUUUCGGAUAUGUGACCGAGAUGGCGAUGGAAAAUGGAGUGAUUUUGAGUUAGAACGAUUUUAAAAGAAGGUGUUUAAAAAGCAUUUAGAUUCAAGUGACAUUGCUGGAAUAAAAGAUUUGAUUGAGGAGGAAUUGAAAGAUGAUUCCAAUAAAAAAUCGUUUAUUACUUUGCAAGGUUUCAUGGUAUUAUAAAAGCGAGGAAUUGAGUUGAUGAAGAUACAAAUCAGCUGGACAAUCCUUCGUUAUUUCAAUUACAAAGAUGAUUUAACACUUGAGGAAUCUUUAUUUUAGGAGGAGUAUUUAAAUAAUUACAACACUAGAUUAAAAUUCGAUUAAAAUGCAGGCCAAACCGUUGAAUUAAGUGAUUUUGCUUUAUAGAAACUCAAAUCAAUCUUUUUAUUGAAUGGAUAAACUUUAACUUAAACUCAGUUUAAUUACAUAUUCUAUCCAGUGAUGUUCUAAACCAAUUUUCCACUUCUCUAAUAAUAUCGCUCAGAAUCACAACAAAUCACUUUGACAUAGUGGUUGGCCUUAUGGAAUGCAUUCUCUUUUUUUAACUACAAAGAUGCAUACAAAUUGUUGAAUUACAUUGGAGUGGAUAUCAAAAUAGUUGAUGCAUUCAAAGAACAAAAUAAAAAAGAUUCUUGGUAUGCUGUCUAAAAAACAAUUGAGAGAAAAGUAUUUCACAUAGCUAUUAUUACUAAAAACAACAAGAAAAUCUUAGAAUAAUAAUUCAAUAAUUUAUCACCUAGAAUAACAACAAUAAAAUCUAAAACUUAUGUGAUCAGCAUUUACGAUGAAUUAUAAGCAGAAUAAUAGAUUGAGAUUAGUAGAUUGUGCAUCGUUGAUUUCUUAAUGAUUGAAAGUUCCUGCCGUUUUUAAACAGAAUAACUUAUUCCCAUCACCUCAUUUAAUGACGAGGAAGAUGUCUAUGCACAAAUUUCGAAAGUUGCAGAAAUUAUUCAUACAAAUAAUUUUGGAUAUUCUGAGCAUCAAAUUUAAGAAUUAAAAUCAAAGAACGGUGUAUCUAUCAUUUAAAUAACCAGUGGAAUUGCCCUUCUAGUGGGUUUAACAACCGCUGGAUAUUAUUAUUUCCAAUAUAAGCCAUUUAAGAAAAGUAAAUGA